AUGGGCACUGUGGUGGCUUGCAAAGAACACCUUGCAGACGUUGUCUUCCGGUGUUAUCGACUGGCAGGAGAUGUGCCCUUCAAAGGCAUGUUUGCCUUUGACCAACCUUUCUUGAUGGUCAAGGACCCAGAACUCGUGGGUCGUAUCUUCGUUGCAGACUUCGGCACGUUCCACACUCGCAAUUUCGAGGUCAACAGUGAGACUGAUACUGUUUUCGCCAAUUCGAUUUUCGGUGCACAGGGUCGGAAACGCGGCCUGGCCGCCACUGUUCCAGUAAGCGCCGUGGACGUGCGCCAGGUACUGACGUGCUACACGGCGGACAUCGUGUGCUCCAUCUUCCUUGGCGUGGAGGGUGGCUCCCUGAAGAACGAAGACUCCCCAGUAUGUCGCCAGCUGCAUAGAUUCCUGCGGAAGGACGCUUUCGCUGGGCCGGCCUACGCCGUCUUCUUCCUCGCCCCGCAGUUGCUGAGGUUCCUGCCCUUCAAGUUCACAUCCUCCGAUGCGGAGAAAGGCUUGUUCGACAAGAUUGUUCAGGUGAUGGAUCAUCGGAGGAAAACGGGAGAGGUCCGAGGUGAUGUAGUGGACGCGGUGCUACGCAUCUUAGAUGACCAGGAGGCUGAAACCGGCAAAGCACCUGCAAUGGAUGAAGCCUGGGAACAAUCGACAGAGCAGCAAGAUGAGGUUAUGGAUGUCAUAAAAGCAGUUUCAAACAUAAUGAUCUUCUUGGAGGGGGGAUUCGACACGACAUCUUCGGUACUGACGUUUGCGCUGUAUGAGCUGGCCUUCCACCAAGAUGUGCAAGAAAAACUGCGCCAGGAGAUCCAGAUGGUGACGGCGAAGCACGGAGGACAGCUCACCUAUGCUGCAGUGAUGGAAAUGACUUUCCUCGACAACACCAUGAGCGAGACCUUGCGACUGCACCCACCUUUGAACUUCGUGGAUAGAAGGGCCACGCAAGACUACAGACUGCCUGGCACGGACCUCGUCCUGCCCAAGAACACAGCCGUGGUCGUUUCCCUGCUGGGGCUGCACACGGACCCACGGUACUGGAAGGAGCCUCUCCGCUUCAUGCCGGAGAGGUUCAGCGACGAGAACAGCAAGAGCCGGCCACGAUUCACGUAUCUUCCAUUCAGCGACGGACCGAGGAUGUGCAUUGGUCCUAGGUUGGGCCAGUUGGUCGCCAAGACCGCCCUGGCACAUAUAAUCAGCAACUUCAGGAUCAGCCCGACCGCCAAGACUCCGCAGCCAUUGAUGAAGGACCCUGGGAAACUGGUCGGUGCUCCCAAGGGACAACUGGAACUCAGCUUCCAGCAGAUACGAAGCGAGUAA